UUGUGCGUCGCUCCGUUACGCAGUGGGCCCCUCCCCUCCUCAGCCGAUGGAGGAUUUAUUUAUUUCCCGUGUCGUCCUCCAUUAUCACCGUGACCACCCGAGGAACCGCAGCGGGACUCCGUGGCGACAGGCCAAACACAGGGCCCUGGCCGCCGUACGGAGAAUGAAAGCUCCGGAACCACCGCCGCUGAAGCCCGGAGGUGGCCACAUGACUGCGGCAUAAACAGGCGAGAGACGGACGCAUGGGCGGGUGAUGGUGGCUGCUUGAUGCAGAGCGGCCGCGGCAGUCAGCAUGUCUGGACCGGUCGGACCUGCGCCGCCCGCCGGGGCCGGGCCAGACCUGAGCCACCUGACGGAGGAGGAGAAGAACAUCAUCCUGUCGGUGAUUGACAGACAGAGGAAGGAGGAAGAGAAGGAGCAGAGCAUGCUCAGACAUCAACAGGAAGUGACGCCCCUGUCAGCCUUGUGGCAUCCGUUUUCUGGGUUGAGUCAGUUGGUUAAUAACGUUGCUGCCAAUGUGUCUGAAGUUCUGCAGGUUAAAGGUCCGACUGAUGACGAGUUACAGCCGAGGUUGCAUCAACAGUUUGAGACCUACAAGGACCAGGUGAAAAAGCUUGGGGAGGAGCCUCAGGUGGCUCACAUGAUAAGGGCAGAGUCGGCAACAUGUGGAAUCUGUCACAAGACCAAGUUUGCAGACGGCUGCGGGCGAGCCUGCUGCUACUGUCAGAGCCGCUUCUGUGCACGCUGUGGGGGGCGGGUCCCUCUUAGAGCCAAUAAGGUGAUGUGGGUUUGUAAUGUCUGCAGAAAGAAGCAAGAUAUUCUCACUCACUCAGGAGACUUAAACAUCCUACAUGGCUCUCUGCACCCAUCAGCACAAGGGAGGCCUCUGAGCAACGGAGCUACUGAACGGAGGCGGAGCCCAUUAGGCUCCCGUUAUGAUGGUGCGAGUGGCAGAAUGCCGCGCUCACCCUCUGACAUUGCACAUGACCAUCACGUUCACUUGCCUCGGGGCUACUAUGACAACUGGGAGGAGGAACCACAAGGCCAGAUCAGAGAUGGACGAGGCAGAUGGCUGUCACAGGACUGUCCUGUGGACUGGGUUCAGAAUAAGUGGGAACUGCGCCAGCGUCAGGAGCAAGAGUUUCAGGCUCGUUAUCGUAGUGACCCAAACCUGGCCCGUUACCCGGUGAAGCCACUGCCAAGUGAGGAGACCAUGAGGAUGAUGGCUCAGGUUGGAAGGGUUCGCCAUCAGCGCCGCCACAGCGAUGUCUCCCUAGGAACCACUAACCACGACCACCUGACCCUGAGACAUGCAGCUAUGCCUUGGGGAUUGGUUCGGUCUGGAGGUCAGAGGUCAUUCUCAGUGGAUAAAGCAACCAAUCCUGUCAGCCCCACAUCUCCCAACUGUAGUCCUUUACUGCAGCAGCACUUAGACCUGAGCUCAGCCAUCAAGAGGAAGCUGGUCAACGACGGCCCAGUAGAGAGGGGGCAGAGGAUGGACCUGAUGAAUGUAAUCGGCAGCUUCAGCAGCUCUGAGGAGGAGCUAGUGACCACACCUGAUUACAGCUGCGGCGAGCCAGACAGAGAUAUGGACGGUCUGUGGUGGGAUCACGGUUCCUGGCAUGGAGAAUCUGCACCCAUGUCUAUGCAACCGGUCACAUGGCAACCGUCCAAAAAUGGAGAGUGUCUAAUUGGUCGAAUUCUGCUGAACAAGAGGAUGAAGGAUGGUACCAUUCCUGCAGAUACUGGGGCCCUGCUUGGACUCAAGGUUGUGGGGGGGAAGAUGACUGAGUCUGGACGUCUCUGUGCCUUUAUCACCAAGGUGAAGAGAGGAAGUCUGGCUGACACUGUGGGACACCUGAGGCCAGGUGACCAGGUUCUGGAGUGGAACGGUCGGGUUCUUCAGGGAGCCACAUUUAAUGAAGUUUAUAACAUCAUCCUGGAGUCCAAACCAGAACCACAAGUGGAGCUAGUGGUCUCACGCCCCAUCAGAGAUGUUUCCAGAGGAGCAGAUGGUUCCCACAUCCAGUUGGACUCCAGUUCAUGUUCCUUUGACUCUCAGAAAGUGGGUCCAUCCAUCUCCGUGACAUCUCCAAUGAGUCCCAGCAUCACAUCUGGACAGGUGUCGAUUGUGAGCAGGCCUCCUCUGGUUCCCAGGAUUCAGGUGAAGCUCUGGUACGACAAAGUUGGUCACCAGCUGAUUGUCACAGUUCUUGGUGCCAAAGAACUUCCCGUUAGAGAGGAUGGCCGGCCAAGGAAUCCUUAUAUCAAGAUAUACUUCCUGCCAGACAGAAGUGAUAAGAGCAAGCGAAGGACAAAGACAGUGAAGAAGUCUUUGGAACCUCGGUGGAACCAGACAUUCAUGUACUCUCCAGUGCAUCGACGGGAGUUCAGAGAGCGUAUGUUGGAGCUUACAGUCUGGGAUCAGGCUCGCGUUCGAGAGGAGGAGAGCCAGUUCCUAGGAGAGGUUCUGAUUGAGCUGGAAUCAGCUUUGUUAGACGAUCAGCCACAUUGGUACAAACUGCAGCUUCAUGACGUGUCCUCUGUGCCACUGCCCAACGCCUCCCCCUACCUGCAGAGGAGAGGACUGCAGCCAGAGCCAUGCCAGGCCAGCAGGAGGCUGCAGAGCAAAGUCCCUUACAUUAAUUCAGGGUCGCAGAAAAUGAGUGACAGUGAGUUUUCAGAUUACGACUGUGAAGAUGGCAUCGGAGUAAUAUCAGACUAUCGACAGAACGGGCAGGACUUCCAUAGCUCCUCCCUCUCGGUACCAGAGCAGGUUAUGUUGUCCAAUCACUGCUCUCGAUCGGACAUGGCCAGGAUGCGAUCAAGAUCACCAAGUCAGCCGCCUCCACACAGCGGUCUCCCCCCAUACCCGUUGUAUCGGGAGGACGCCGUUCGGUUGCUGCGAAGCUCCAAGCUGAGCAGAGCGUACUCCGACAUCACCCAUUCGAACAGCUUGGACAGGAGAUCACUGAGAAGAAUGGCUGUUACCAACUCUCUUGAUUCUCACAACAGAUAUUUUAAUGGUCCCUGGACAAACCACAUAAUGAAUGGGAGCUGUGAGAACUACAGUCAAGACUUCAUCCCAGACUUCUCUUAUGAACCAGACAUCUACGACGAGGAGUUUCUGAGGUACAGCAGGGGAAUGGAUCGGCGGGAUUACUAUGGUCGCUCUCGCUCGGCCGACCAGAGAGCAAUGACUGAUCAACCUCUCUACGUACGCUCAUGUUCCACUGAUCGAGCCGACUCCAGCCUCCUGAGGUCCAGACGCUCGGCUCCUCCCUCACCUGCCCUGACCAGAACAAACCUUCGGGGUGGAUCAACUCAAUCAAGUCCAAAUGGAACACCGGCCUUCGCCCGCCGGGGACGCCAGCUACCCAUCAUCCCACCCAGAGGCCACUCGGAAAAAGAUGAAGGAGAACCACCUGAAACUGUGCAGACAGGAGCAUCACCUGCAACCUCAGCUCCUCCUGGGUCUCACAAACAUGCUCCUCACUCCACCAGUCAUCACCCACCUCGUCAAAUACAUAUACAGGCUCCGCCUCCUACAGGACCCACCAAACCUGGCCCACCACCUGCCCCCGCCCCUCUACCUGCACCCGCCUCUAGCUCUCUACCUGCUCCAGCACCCGCCCCCACCUCUCUACCUGCACCUACACCUGCCCCUGCCUCUUUAUCUACACCUGCCCCCGUCUCUCUAUCUGCACUUAAACCUGCACCCGCCCCUGUCACUCUAUCUGCACUUAAACCCGCCCCCGCCUCUCUAUCUGCACCUGCCCCCACCCCUGCCCCUCUCUCUCUUUCUGCAACCGCCCCCACCUCUGUAACUGCGCCUACAACUGCCCCCACCUUCCUACCUGCACCUACACCUGCCCCUCUACCUUCACCUGCACCUACUGCCAACUCCAUAUCUGCAUCUUCCACUACCCCCACCUUUGUAGAUACGCCUUCGAUUGCACCACCAAAUUCCCCUGUGACUGGGCCUUUGGCAGGUCCAUCCACAGCCCAUUUUCAAACCCCAUCACCAGUUCCUGCGCAUGCACCAAUUUCCCAGACAUUGCCCCUUUCUACCACAGCAGCCCCAUCCAUUGUUUCCAUUCCCCAGUCAUGGCUGUCCUCUGAAUCCAGCCUGCCCUCUGCACUUUCUCCCACAACUGCCCCCACCACCUCCCCGGUCUACUCACCAGUCCCACCUCCACAGACUCCAGAACCAGACAGACGCUCAGCAACACCUGGAGGUACCAGAAAAGAAGUCACAUGGGAGGACCAACAGAAGAAAACAGCCAAUGGAGAGGGAUUAGCAUUGAGCAGAGAAGGCAUGAUGAAGGAUCCAUCAAAGAUGAGAGAAAACCUGUCUUUUAAAUCAUCAGACAGUGAUGUCAGCGACAUGUCGGCCAUGUCCAAUGCGUCCAACCCACGGCCAGUCUCCAGGAUCAGUCAAGCAGAGACUCUGGAAGGCCAGUCACAGCAGUUGGGGGCGGGGACAGAGGAAACACAGGAAGUAGUGUCACAGGGUGGGACUAUGUUGCAGAAGGGCGAAUCAGUGGAGGAGGGUGAGGAAGAGGAGGAGCCUGAGUCUUCAAAGGCUCCUUUAGCAUCUGGAGCUCCCCUCACAAAGUCAUCAAGUGUUGGGGGUGAGAUUUGUUCACUGGGCAGAAACGAUGAUGAUGACGAUGACAAGAAGCGACGGUCCAGUUUUGGAGCAAAGAUGAUGGGAAUCGUCGGACUAGGAAAGAAAAGUCAGAGCGCCUCCCAGCUCAACCCUGAAGAAGAAGAAAAGAAGAAGAAGGUGGUGAGACUUCCUGUCCAGAGGAGCGUGGAAACAGGCUUGGCUAUCGAGUUUAAAGCUCGUUUCACCCGACAGCCAAGUCGAGACCCAGAUGCAGAGGACCCCAAACCCGGAGCUUUAAUAUUUCCUGGAGUGAAGUUGGCAUCAGACAAACAGUUCACUGGUUUCCUGGAAGGAUUAGGCCCUGCCCAGCUGGCUGGACGGCAGACAUUGGCGACGCCCCCAAUGGGUGACAUUCAGAUCGGAAUGGUCUACAGGAAGGAACGUCUGGAUGUGGAAGUUAUCCGAGCCCGGGGACUUGUGGGUAAACAAGGCAACAAAAACACUCCAGCGCCCUACGUGAAGGUUUACCUGAUGGAUAAUGGCAAGUGCGUGUUGAAGAGAAGAACUCGUCUGGCCAGAAAAACAUUGGACCCUCUUUAUCAGCAGCAGCUGCAGUUUGAAGAGAACCCAGAGGGAAAGGUCCUUCAGGUCAUUGUGUGGGGAGACUAUGGGCGCAUGGACCACAAAUCCUUUAUGGGGUCAGCACAGAUUCUAUUAGACGAUCUGGACCUGUCCAACAUGGUUAUUGGCUGGUUUAAACUGUUUCCAGCUACCUCACUGGUAGAUCCUGCUUUGGCCCCAUUGACAAAUAAGGAAACAGAAGGCAAGUCAUAGUGUCAGAGGAUUAAAGAAUGCAUCAUCGGACUGGGGAAGCUGGAUAUGUUGUGCCAGGAGGGAUCUGAAAGAAAAGUCCCACAAUCCCCCUUUUCUUUUUGCUUGAUUACGUCAUACCUGUGACUAGAGUUUCACAAUGAUGUCACCAGUUGUGGGAAGAAAGCUCUGCCCUGUCUGCAACACAGGAUGUGACUCUCCCUUUGAGGAGGGGACUAUGCAACACAGAAAGCUGUGAAGAGAGCAGAGGCUGCGUGACCUCCAGCACAGCAGCAUGACCAGAAACGACUCACUCAAAUGUGUCGCCUGGUAUUUGCCAUAUAGACACAGGACAUGAGCCACCAGAUCAUUUGAGUGUGCAUGGAACAGUGACAUGAAUAAGAUGUAAAAAAUAUGAAAAACAAGAAAACAAAGAAGAUUACAGAACAUUGCUUGAAAAUAAAGCUUUCAAACAGCA